GUGUCUUCAUAGGCGAAUCCAAAACCCACUGUUCCUUUCAUCUCUGUUGUGUUCCCCUCACCCCGCAAUUCCUUUACUUCUUUCUUUCUUUCUUCUCAUCCCAAAGUUUCCACCUUUCUCUUCAACUACCCAACUUCCCCUUCACUUCCUUGGAAAUUGCAACCAUAUCUACAUCUUAACUCUCUCUCUCUCUCUCUCUUCUACUGCAAAUUUGUUAACUUUAGUUGAGAAUUGUGGCAGAGCCUAAUGGGUAACUGCCUAGAUUCUUCAGCCAAAGUUGAUGCAGCUCAAAGCUCCAGAUCUACUUCUGGAAUCUCAAAAUCCACUCCUUCUAGCUUAUCUAUUCCAUCGUAUAGUGAAAAAAGCAAUGCCUCAAGUCUUCCUACACCAAGGUCUGAGGGUGAAAUCUUGUCUUCUCCCAAUCUUAAGGCCUUCACAUUUAAUGAACUGAAGAAUGCGACCAGAAAUUUUCGUCCUGAUAGUCUUCUCGGUGAAGGGGGAUUUGGAUAUGUUUACAAGGGAUGGAUUGAUGAACACACAUUUACAGCUUCAAAACCUGGGUCAGGAAUGGUUGUUGCUGUAAAGAGGCUUAAGCCUGAAGGUUUUCAAGGUCAUAAGGAGUGGUUGACUGAGGUUAACUACCUUGGACAACUGCAUCAUCGUAAUCUGGUUAAAUUAAUUGGGUACUGCUUGGAGGGAGAGAACCGGCUAUUGGUGUACGAGUUUAUGCCCAAAGGGAGCUUAGAGAACCAUCUGUUUAGAAGAGGACCACAACCACUCUCAUGGUCAGUGAGGAUGAAAGUGGCUAUUGGUGCUGCCAGAGGACUCUCCUUUCUUCAUAAUGCCAAAUCGCAAGUCAUAUACCGUGAUUUUAAAGCUUCUAACAUACUACUGGACGCAGAAUUCAAUGCUAAACUCUCUGACUUUGGUUUAGCUAAGGCGGGUCCUACUGGUGAUAGAACUCAUGUGUCUACUCAAGUCAUGGGUACUCAAGGAUAUGCCGCACCAGAAUAUGUUGCAACUGGUCGGUUGACGGCCAAAAGUGAUGUCUACAGCUUUGGCGUUGUGUUGCUUGAACUUUUAUCUGGAAGACGUGCCGUGGAUAAAACAAUAGCCGGUAUGGAGCAGAAUCUGGUGGACUGGGCCAAACCAUAUUUAGGCGAUAAACGAAGACUAUUCCGAAUCAUGGAUUCCAAGUUGGAGGGCCAGUACCCACAGAAAGGAGCCUUCAUGGCCGCUACACUUGCCCUACAAUGCCUUAACAGCGAAGCCAAGGCAAGGCCUCCGAUGACAGAGGUAUUAGCAACUCUGGAACAGAUAGAAGCUCCCAAAACUGCAGGCAGAAAUUCCAACUCAGAUCAUCAUAGAGUUCAUACUCCUGUAAGAAAGUCUCCUGCCCGAAACCGGUCCCCUUUGAAUCUAACUCCCACUGCUUCACCUCUGCCGUCUCACCGGCAAUCUCCUCUUGCACAUUGAGCUAUGAACAAAAAACAUCUGCAUGUAAAUUCCUUAAUUUUAUCAGGUUGUGCUUUUGAUACCAUGCGUUGAGGCAUGAACUUAAAUGCAAUUUUGGGUUAUGCUCAAUAGAAUAGUUAACACCAUUUAUCUACAUGAUAUGCAAGUUAUCUGCCGCAGUAUUCUGCUAUGUUCUUUUCUUUUCUUACCCCCCAUGGUAUGUCUUGUUGGAUAAUAAGAACGAGACAUAUUGCUUCCCUCCUGUUAUGGAGCAUAUCACUGGUUCAGCUGUUGCAUGCAUGAUAAUAAGUAAAGUUUCAGGUUUGUGUAUUGUGUAUGAAAAAAACCUGAACUAACUCUGUAUUUUGAAUCGACCAAAAUUACCUCCUAUAAAUCUUGUUUGUUCAGCUUUUUAUCACGAAAAGUCAUUUUUAUUUUGAAAAUUUUCGUUUAUUUUCUUUAAUAAAUCCGAAUUAUUAAAAGAUAAACCUCUGAUUAUUUUUAAAACUGAUUAGAGGUAGCUUUUAAAAAGGAACCAAGCUUAUGUGCAAUUCUGUAAAGUAUUUUUAGUGUUCUUCAAUUAAAACUAAAGUUUUAUAUUGGUAAUUUACAUGAACACUUAGUGUUUAUAUUUUAUUGAAAUAAAAGUAUUUUAAAAAAGAUAUAAAAAUAUCUAAAAAUAUUUUAAUUAUAAUUAACUUUUAAAUUUUUUUUUUGAAAUUGUAAUAAAUAGAACAAAAAAUAGCUUGUUUUUUUCUUGAAAAAUAAAAAAUGUUUUUUAUACAUCUUUAAAGUGGUAUUUGAAAAACAAAACCAGUCCAAAAUAUAAUUUGGAUAUAUAUAUUCUAAUUAUAUUUACGGAUUUCAAAAGAAUUGUAUAUUAACUUUAAAGGGAUAGUUCGUCUUUGACAAAUUUGAGAUCAGUCAAAGUUUAUUCCCCUAAUGAAAGAUGGUAUAUAUGAAGAGAAACGAGAUGAUGCAUGUACAACGACAGAGGGAGGGUUGUCAUGAAACACACAAAGGACAAGGUGGUCCACACCUUCCCACUGCAACCAUUACAUGUGCUCCCUUGUUACGAUCUUUAGGAGUCCAAGAAAAAAACAUUAAUCAAAUUUCUUUCUAAUUUUUAGAAUGUUCUCAAUUAUGCUUAUAGAAAUGAUAGAUUCUAUUAUCACGUGGUUAAAUAAAACCCCAUGAAUACAACAGCUGGAAGCCUUCAUCAAUAGCCAUUACUUAUUUCCUUCCAAAGCUGAUGUGAUCAAUGAUCAAUUUUCAAGAAUCAACUUAAUAUCUUACUCAAUUUAGCACAUCCACAUCAACUCUCUCUACACACAUAACUUAUUGUGUUGAUUUGGAUCUUCGUUUAAACAAAAUUAACGCAAAUCUAAAUACAGGCUUAAGCAUCUGCGUGCGUCAGUGCAUGCGUUUUACUUUUGUUACGGAUACAUGAUAUGGCUAGAUUCGUGACCCUUUUCUCUAUCUUUCUUUUUUCUUUGCUUCAAUGUGACUUUUCUUUUCGGAUUUGUAGAAUCCAGUUUGGAUGGACACUAUUCUUCAAUUUGGAGGAGUGUUCCUUGUACUUGCAUGCUCAUCUGCUGGAUUGGGCUUUGUACCCACUCUUGUCUUCUUUUUGGGCUUUUGCUGAGCGCAACCUAAAAUAUAUAUGUGAGCCUAUAGCUAUGAAUGGAUAAUCUUAUUAAUUUUAAUAAAAAAUAUAAAUGUA